UCUCAAAAAUUGGUGCAUGGUUACGACGAACGUUUCAUUACGAGGUUUGAUCUAGGCGAGUUACGAGCGAAUAGUGGACCUAACAAGAUUUGAACGAUGGUACUGAACGAUUGCGCGGACCCGGAGAGGGUGGGAUGCGGCUUCAGCACAUUCAAGGAGGUGGACGAGGUGACCGCUCUCAUAGCGGAGUUAAGGCAGCCGAAUUUGUUGACGAGUCUUGUAGAACGAAACAGGGAUCGUUUCAAUUUCAUUCUAUCUGAGUAUCAAGAUCAACACCAGCUUUUAGAUCCAUAUCUUGAGAGGAUCCUAGAAUCUCUGUUGUCGAUUAUCAAGGACGAUGAUUGUCCGGAAAACGUCAAGCACAAUACGUUCAAGUAUCUGUUUAUUAUCAUGUCCGUGAAGACAUACAAGAGAAUCGUUACUUACCUGCCACACGAAGUAGUGGACCUCUUGCCUGUGUUAAGAAUGCUAGAAAAGCAAGACUCAAAUGAUGUAGAAACAUGGGAAACUAGAUACGUUUUGCUUGUCUGGUUGUCCAUUAUCUCAAAGAUACCAUUUCCCUUAUCUCGCCUAGAGACGUCUGAGAAUGUAAAUCCAGAACAAACUAUCAUAAUCAGAAUUUUAAAAAUAUGCAAAUUAUAUUGCCUGUUAAAAGAUGCAUGCGCUGUGGCAGCUGUGUUUUUAAUAGCAAAUUUCUUAACAAGAUCGGAUGUUAAAAAGUUAUAUUUGAAAGAAAUGAUCAUGUGGUGUUUAAAGUGUAUAGAAGAUGAUCCAUUGAGACAUGGACCUCUGGCUGUAAUAGCCUCAAUAUUAAAGCAUAGUGCCAGAGAAGAUGUUAAACCAUACAGCCAAAUGCUUCUUGAUAAUAUGUUGAAACUUCGAUUGAGUGACAAUCCAGCAGAUCUGAUUAGAAAAUUUGGAAUUAAAGUUGUCCAGCGUAUAGGCCUGAUAUUAUUGAGAACAAAGUUAGCAUCCUGGCGCUAUCAAAAGACGAGUCGACCAAUAAAUAUCAUGCCUACUGUUAAAGCGAAUAAUAUUGAUAAUACUGAAAGUGUUACUUGUAUUAAAAAAACUAUUUCGAACGACAAUGAAGAUCAGGAGAUUCCCCCAGCCAUUGAAGAUAUAAUAGAGCAACUCAUACAGGGUUUACGAGAUAAAGCAAUUACUAUUAGGUGGUCUGCAGCAAAAGGUAUUGGCAGGAUAACCGCAAGAUUGCCGGUAGACUUGGCUGACGAUGUUCUUGGUUUUGUAUUGAAUCUCUUUUCUGGACGUGAAUCAGAUUCAGCAUGGCAUGGUGGUUGUUUAGCACUCGCGGAACUUGGAAGGCGUGGCCUAUUGUUACCUCAUCGUCUAAGCGAUGUUAUUCCCGUGGUUCUGCAAGCCUUAGUCUUUGACGAACCUAGAGCUUAUGGAUCGAUCGGUUAUUUGAUCAGAGAUGCUGCCUGCUAUAUAUGUUGGUCUUUUCCAAGAGCCUACGAUCCGCAUGUUUUUGAACGUUAUGUCAAAGAAAUUGCAGCAAUGUUGUUAGUUGUAACAUGUUUUGAUAGAGAGAUAAAUUGUAGGAGAGCGGCGUCUGCUGCGUUUCAAGAAAACGUUGGCAGACAAGGCAACUUUCCACAUGGUAUAGAUAUACUGACUGUUGCUGACUAUUUUGAAGUUGGCGUAAGGAGUCAUACAUAUCUCAAAAUCAGCGUACAAAUCGCGCAAUAUGAAGAAUAUAAGAAGCCCUUAAUAGAUCAUUUAGUAGCAAAGAAGGUUACACAUUGGGAUACUGCAAUCAGGGAGCUUUCAGCUAGAUCACUUUUUAACCUGACGGUGACUGAUGCACGUUACAUGAUAAAUACAGUACUACCGACUUUGUUAGAUAUGUUGAAUUCUAUUGACUUGAAUGUUAGACAUGGUGCAGUACUAGCCACUGCAGAAAUUCUUGAAGCUUUAUACAAUUACUUUAAUGAUGAAAUUGGAUGUAUUAUCGGAGCCAUGGCUGUAACUGAUAUACAGGAUAUAGUGCGCACUAUUAGAAAUAGAGGACAAUUUAAAGGUCUUGGGGGAGAGCUAAUGAAACAAGCUUGUUCCAUAUUAAUAAAGAAAUGUUCCAUUGUUCACUUUCCCGUUCAUUUUAUGGAUAUUGUAGAUGACUGGCAGAAAUUACUAGAAGAAUGCUUAAGCCACGAAGUGUUGACAGUUAAAUUAAAAGCAGCCGAAGCACAUACAAACUUUUUUCUAGAAUAUUAUGUGAAUAUCGAUUACAAUGCUCGAAGUGUUAUAGUUAAUCGUUACUUGGAAUCUUUACAAUCGAGUAAUCAGUCCAUUAGAAUAGGAUUUGCACAAGCGAUAGGACAUUUCCCAUUAUUCAUAAUUCGCGAAAGGGUGAAAGAUAUCAUAAAUUCAUUAAUCACAUGUACUCAUAUAUCUCAAAAUACGUUGAAAUGGGCGGAGAGUAGAAAAGAAGCUUUGCACUCUUUAACAAUGAUACUGCAAACAUUAGGAAUUGAUGAAGCUGACAAAUGGCAAUCGUUUGCCACAGAUAUAUACGAUUGUUAUUUAUUGGCUCUUAAAGAAUAUACAAUAGAUAGUCGUGGUGAUAUAGGCGCUUGGGUGAGAGAAGCAGCAAUGAUUGGACUACACGUAAUGACGAAUCUAGUAUCGCAAGCAAAACUAUUCUCUGUAUUGAAUGAGGAUUUAAUGACUGCUAUUAUUGGUGGUAUCGCACAACAAGCUGUCGAGAGGAUAGAUGGAAUUCGAGCUCAGGCUGGAACUGUAUUCAGUGCCCUUAUACAUAGUGACCCGCAACUUGUAAAUAUACCAUAUCAUAACGAGUUGAAAGCUAUAUUUCCUUAUAAUGAAUGUAAGGAAACUAUCGAAUGGAGAAUGGAAUCUGCAACAUUUCCACGAUUUAUUAAGAUGUUGAAUUUUCCACCGUAUAAAAUGAAUUUGUUACGCGGAAUUAUAUUUAGCGUCGGUGGCUUAAGCGAGUCAUUGGUAAAAUAUUCCAGUGUUUCUUUAUUUACUUAUCUACAAGAGAUCAACGAGACAGGUUUAAAAGAUUUGUGUGAAAAAAUAUUAGACAUAUUUGAAGAAAAUCAUAAAAAUGAAAGAAUGAUAACAUCGAUGUUGGCUUUCUUGGACCGAUUGUUGAGUUCAGGUUGCAUUCAGUCUGUCUUAGACGAUGAAAACAAUACAAUUGCAGAGCGUACAUUGACACUAUUAAAACAGGAAAUUAAAUAUUCUAACAAUAUAAAACUACUCAUUAGUAGUAUAAAUGUUUUCUGCGAGUUACUACAGGUACGAGGGCCUGUUGCAAAGAGAGCAUUUUGUCAAUUAAGUAUAUUUUUGUGUCACAAAUAUACGAGCUUAAGAAAGACAACGGCUAUACGUACUUAUGAAACAUUGACUCUUUAUGGAGAGGAGAUGGAUAUAGCAGAAGAAGAUUUAGCAAAUAUACUUAUAAAAUUGAACGCGACAGAUUGGGAACAACCAAUCGCAGAUUUACGUCCAAUUAGAAAUAAUUUGUGUGAGCUAAUGAGGGUACCUGCUCCAGUUUUGCAAAUAAAAUCAGCUAAUUGAGAAAGACUAACUUAAAGUAUGAAAAAUUUAGCUUUUUUGUAUCUAAAAUUGUAUUUUAUUUGUACGCUUAAAUGGCAUAAAG